CUUCCUCUUCCGUCCUGCCGGGAGCUCGGCCAAGGGGAGGAGAGGGCCAGGCAGGAGCCUCCCAACUUUCCCCUCCGGCGGGCGGGGCGAGCCCGCCCCUGGCUGGCAGGGCGGCCGGGCCAGUGGCCCCGCAGGAGCUGGCGGCCCGGGAUGCGGGCGCGGAGCCGAGGCGGCUGAGCCGGGCUGCGCGCAGGAUGAAGAAGCCGGACGGGAAGGUGGUGCUGCUGGGGGACAUGAACGUGGGCAAGACCUCCCUGCUGCACCGCUACAUGGAGAGGCGCUUCCAGGACACCAUCAGCACGGUCGGGGGCGCCUUCUACCUCAAACAGUGGGGGCCCUACAACAUCUCCAUCUGGGACACUGCAGGACGGGAGCAAUUUCAUGGCCUUGGUUCUAUGUACUGUAGAGGAGCAGCUGCUGUGAUCCUUACGUAUGAUGUAAACAACUUGCAAAGCCUGAUAGAACUGGAAGACAGAUUUUUGGCGCUGACGGACACUGCUAGUACUGACUGUAUCUUUGCUAUUGUUGGAAACAAAGUUGACCUCACAAAUGAAUAUGCCUUAUUGCUAGAAAGAGCAGAUGAAAGUAGACCUGAAAAGCCUGUCACCAGUUGCAUCUCUACCAAGGUCCAGAAACAAGUCCAUCUGGAUGAUGCUGUUGCACUCUACAAAAAGAUACUGAAAUACAAAAUGUUGGAUGAGAAGGACGUUCCAGCAGCUGAGAAAAUGUGCUUUGAGACCAGUGCAAAAACAGGAUAUAAGGUGGACUACCUCUUUGAAACCAUAUUUGAUAUGGUAGUACCAAUAAUUUUACGGCAGCAAGCUGAGGGGCCACCACAAACCGUGGACAUAACCAAUUACAAAUCAGCAAAAAGGACAAAAUCUGGUUGUUGUGCCUAAAAUAGUGGUGAUGUGGGGAGGGAGGAGAUUGUGUCUAUAUGAUAUACUAGUGAUCCCGAAGUUAGAGAUGCUCAUUCCUUGAUUUGCCCUCUCUCUACAACUAUAAGUGAUCUAGGGAUGGAAUAUGCAGAACAGCAAAUCUUUUGAAGACUAAAGGCAUUUGGAAACACCAACCUAAUUAAUUUAUUUAUAAAUAACAAAAAUGUGAAUGGGAUCAUGGGGGUAGAUUGUAAAUUUCAUAGGGCCCUUGGGUGGAGGAGAGAUCAUAAUGAAUGUUGGAAUGUAUGCUGUGGUACUGUGUCCAUGCAGAUUAUUAUUGACUGAGAGUUAAGCACUCUCAAAGGAAUCCUGCUUUAUUUUUUUUUAGAAUGCAUUGUUUUUUCUGUACUUAGUAUACUACAUCUAAAGUGUCUCUGGAUUGACUUUCACUUUUGUACUAGAUAUGACUUUCACUUAAAAAUUAUAACUUUUCUUCUGGGGACGAUUUAGAUAUGAGGUACUUUUUUACGCUUUACAAAUGAUUUUUUUCAGAAUAUAAAUUAUAUGGAAAGGUCACUAAUCAAGCUAUUCAAUUAUCCUUCUGUACCAGAUACUGCAAUAAAAGAUGUACUAUUAAAGUUACUGUGGAAAUGA